AUGGCGCUGACGCAGGGGACCAAGCGGAAAGUCUGCUACUACUACGACGGUGAUGUUGGAAACUACUAUUAUGGCCAAGGACAUCCAAUGAAACCCCACAGGAUCCGGAUGACCCACAACCUACUGCUGAACUAUGGCCUCUACAGGAAGAUGGAGAUAUAUCGCCCUCACAAGGCAAAUGCAGAAGAAAUGACCAAGUACCACAGUGAUGACUACAUAAAAUUUCUGAGAUCUAUUCGCCCAGAUAACAUGUCUGAGUACAGCAAGCAGAUGCAAAGAUUUAAUGUUGGGGAAGACUGCCCUGUGUUUGAUGGGUUAUUUGAGUUCUGUCAGCUCUCUGCUGGAGGCUCAGUUGCCAGUGCUGUGAAGCUGAACAAGCAACAGACAGAUAUUGCUGUGAACUGGGCGGGAGGCCUUCACCACGCUAAGAAGUCAGAGGCUUCUGGCUUCUGUUAUGUCAACGAUAUCGUCUUAGCUAUCUUGGAGCUCCUAAAGUAUCACCAGAGAGUGCUGUAUAUUGACAUUGAUAUUCACCAUGGAGAUGGCGUGGAGGAAGCCUUUUAUACCACAGACCGUGUCAUGACCGUGUCCUUUCAUAAGUAUGGAGAAUACUUCCCAGGAACAGGGGACCUACGGGAUAUUGGUGCAGGCAAAGGCAAGUACUACGCUGUCAACUAUCCCCUCCGGGACGGAAUUGAUGAUGAGUCCUAUGAAGCAAUAUUCAAGCCAGUGAUAUCUAAAGUGAUGGAGACGUUCCAGCCUAGCGCAGUUGUCUUGCAGUGUGGGUCAGAUUCUCUGUCAGGGGACAGGCUGGGUUGUUUCAAUCUGACCAUCAAAGGUCAUGCCAAGUGUGUGGAGUUUGUAAAAAGUUUUAAUUUGCCUAUGCUGAUGCUGGGAGGAGGUGGCUAUACGAUCCGCAACGUGGCUAGAUGCUGGACCUAUGAGACUGCUGUGGCUUUGGACACUGAAAUUCCCAAUGAACUUCCAUAUAACGACUAUUUUGAGUACUUUGGACCAGACUUUAAGCUCCACAUCAGUCCUUCGAACAUGACUAACCAGAAUACCAAUGAGUAUCUCGAGAAGAUCAAGCAACGUCUCUUUGAGAAUCUGCGCAUGCUGCCUCAUGCCCCUGGCGUCCAGAUGCAGCCAAUUCCUGAAGAUGCUGUUCAGGAAGACAGUGGAGAUGAAGAGGAGGAAGAUCCUGAGAAACGCAUUUCAAUCCGCAAUUCUGAUAAGAGAAUAUCCUGUGAUGAAGAAUUCUCUGACUCGGAAGAUGAAGGGGAAGGAGGGCGCAAAAAUGUUGCCAACUUUAAGAAAGCUAAGCGUGUGAAAACAGAAGAGGAAAAGGAGGAAGAGGAGAAGAAAGAUGAGAAAGAAGAGGAAAAAGCAAAAGAGGAGAAAGCAGAACCCAAAGGGGUGAAGGAAGAGACGAAAUCCACCUAAGAUGGCUGCAGCUGGACAGUACCUGUCAGUGCGUAGUUGUCAUAGGGGGAUUCCUCUGUCCAUAAGAGGAUCUGUACCUCCCACGGAGCGCUGCUGAUGGUUUCAACUCUAAUAAUGCUGCUAACUUAACACAGGUUAUUUUUUAAAUGUUUUAUUUUUUUAAAUACUUCUUUUCCCUUUUCCACCGUGAGUUUUUUAGUCUCUUUGAAUCUGAGUGACGUGUCACUCCCGCUCUUCAGUGUUUGUAUGUGAAGCGAGAGAGAUCAGUGUAUCUUUGUGUCUGGGGGGGAAAUAUAUUGUGGUUUUUUAAAGAUGCUUUUAUUUUGAAUUUUGAGAAUCUUUGUAAUAAAACUGGUACAUUUCUA